UUUCUCGCAUCCCAUCGCGUAUCCUCAGCGGCAAAAAGAAAAAAUCCACCACUCAUCCACUCCGCCAUGGCGGCGCCUUCCUCCCUCUCCUUCCUCCCCGCGCACGCGCAGCCCCUCUCCCCCCUUCACCCCCGCCGCCUCCGCCAUCCAGCCGCCGCGCCGACCACUCCCGAACCCCUCACGCUCGCUGUCCGGUGCGCCGCGAAGGCGGCGCCGGCUCCGGCAGCGCCGGCGAGGCCCAUCCCGCCGCCGAAGCUGGUCCGCUGCCCGGCGCUGGACCGGCAGGCGGCGCGCGCGAGCCGGCUCCGCUUCGCCCGCAAGCUCCUCAACCUGCUCCUCUCCAAGCCGCGCGGCUUCCUCCCGCUCCGCGUCCUCCUCCGCUGCCGCCGCUUCCUCGGCCUCCCGCGCCGCCGCCCGCUCGUCCCCUUCGUCCUCCGCUACCCCACGCUCUUCCGCCUCUUCCAGGCGCCCAUCUCCCGCCCGCUCUCGCCCUCCCUCUCCACCCUCGCCGUCGCGCUCACCCCCGCCGCCCACGCGCUCGCCGCCGACCUCGCCGCCCUGCGCGGGGCCGAGCUCGCGCCUGGACUCGCGGAGAAGGUGCACCGCCUCCUCCUCAUGACCCCCCGGCGCAGCCUCCUGGUGUCCAAGCUCGCGCACAUCGCGCCCGACCUCGGCCUCGCCAUGGACUUCCGCGCCACGCUCUGCCCCCGCCACCCGGACGUCUUCACCUUCGCAAACACCUCCCACGGCCACGCGCUCCGGCUGGUCGACCCGCCGCCGCCGCCUCCUUCACCCCUCCCCCCGCCGCUCCGCCCCGCCGUCCGGCCCGACCGCCUCAUCGACCGGCCGCGGAGGUUCCCGCACCUCCCGCUCCGCCGCGGGCUUAACCUCCGCCGCGCGCACCGGGACUACCUCAUCCGGUUCCACAGCCUGCCCGAGGCUUCCCCGUUCGAGCCGCUGGAGGAGGGCGCGAGCGCGGAGAUGGCGGAGCGGCGGGCGUGCGCGGUGGUGCGGGAGGUGCUGGCGAUGACGGUGGAGAAGAGGACGCUCGUGGACCACCUCACGCACUUCCGGAGGGACUUCGGGCUGCCCAACCGGCUGCGCGCGCUGCUGGUGCGCCACCCGGAGCUCUUCUACGUCAGCAUCAAGGGCGUCCGGCAUUCGGCGUUCCUGGUGGAGGCGUUCGACGACGAGGGAAGGCUUCUCGUGGAGGACGGGAUGCUGGUUGGGAGGGACCGGCUGGAGGAGCUUGUCCGGGAGGGCAAGAAGAUCAGACGGGCUCGAAAGAAGGGUGUUUUUCCGGUUGAUGGCGACAGUGACGAGGAUGAUGAGGAAUAUGAUAAUGUAGCAGAGGGUUCGUCAGAGUUGGAUGGUGAUUUCGGGGACCUGUUUGAAGAAGACAGUGUCGCUGGGGAAGACUGGAAUGAGGUGGGUGAUGGAGGCGGAAUCGAGGGGGAUGGCGACGACGAAGAUGAUCCUGAAGCUGAUGCCAUGGAGGAGUUUUGGGUGAAGAAGGCUGCGGAGGAGGGGCUGGUUGACAGUGGCACCGAGCAUGAUGUUUGGUGAGGAGUGUCGAGAUGCUAGGAUUUGUGCACACGCUGUGACCAUGGAUUGCUCAACUGCAUUCUUCUCAGCGAUAUUCAGUAGCCAGAAGUAUUAGUACAUAACUUGGGAGCUUGGAUACUGAAGGCGAGGGUGAAGGGUGGUUCGAAUACUAUGGCCUGUCUGAGGCAUAAUUUUCCACUUUCCUCUGUCCAUGGAGGCAUGCACCUCCAGGACAACAAUGUCCUAGCGUCUGUUGAUGCUGUCAGCACCAUCGACAAGGAUGCUGUAGAGUCUGCGAUGACCACUCCCAAGCUACGACAUACAGAAUAUGGUCGUCAAUAUUGCAUCUUUGUACCUCUGGAUUACCGAAAUGAAGAACAGAAUUGGAAACUAAACCAGCACUCGAGGACUGCAGGAUCACCGCUCGUGAAAGCCUGCAAUUCAAGUGUUCCUUAUACUACAACUCCCUCCUGUUCUGAAGAUCAUGCAACAGGGGAUCUAGUUUUGGACUGUCUGUCCAAGAAAUUGGACUGUUUCCUUCCAAACACGACACUUCAUCUUCUUGAAGGCUGUCAACAUGACAACAUCAUACAAGCAGUAGGGACCAAUUGUGUUAUCUUUGUGAUCCUGUUAUUUCUAAUGCUGCGAGGAAUUCAUAUAAACCAUACCCUCCAAGGUUUCCGUUGCUCGCCGACUGUAAAACAUCAAGAAGUUCAGAGGAAGAAGCGAGAAGACGUGGGCAAGUAAAAUGCUCAUUACCAGGUUCUCAUCAUUUGAGUGGAUUUUGAAGGCUGAACCAGUUGGUGCAGGAUUCAUCAGAGUAGACCUUUGCACCCUCCUCAAAGCACUGCAAAUUGGCACAUGAAAUUGGGAGUUCAACAUAAAAUGGAACUGAGAACUAACAGAGGGUGUAGGCAUCAUCAAGGGUGCCCGAAUCUUCUUCAGGGACCGGAAUGUGGCCUUGUGACCGUAUCUGUUGAAGCCGUGCAAGCUACCUGUGCAGGUCGUGCUGCUUCCAACACUCGUCAGCUGCUCUUCAAGAACUGAUUUUGUUACAAUUCCAACUGCCUUGGAAAGGUGCUGGAAGGAUGACCGAAAGGAUAAAAAGAAGAUCAAAACAUGAGUAAUGCUGGAAACGGAAGGUAUAUAUAGUUGAUCUGAAAAUACUCAAGAGAGGUAAAAUGGCAAAGAGCUUGCUGAACUUGCUGUGCCUGUGUGACUCGACCGAACACGGAGGAAAUUUCCAAACGCUUGCUGAAUUUGUUGGAUGCUGUAAGGCACAGACCUUGCAAGUAUCCAUUAGAUCCAUCAUUGGGAUGCGUGCGUCCCCAGGCAUCACCACUCUCCAUUUGAGGCUUUCUCCGGUGUGAUUUCCAGCGCCAGUUCACCCUUCUGCUCUGUACCCAGUUCAGAAUUUGGCCUAAUUUGGUUGGCGCUGAUACCUGAAACAAGGCAAUGGUUGUAGCUGUAUAAUUCGGUGUAAAACUGAAUUGGACUGACUAUUAAUAAGUUUAAUAUUAGAGU